AUACAAGCUCACAUCAUGGAAGAUGGCACUAUCCAAUGUGCUAAAGGAGAAUGCCGUGGCCUUUCCUUUGGCCGUACGGCAGACUUCAGACGUCACCACAACCAGCAACAUGCACGCAAUCGAGCCGAGUACUGGUGCACAUUUGACGAUUGUUCGCGCAGCUAUGUUCCUGGAGGUGGGAAAACCAGAAGCUUUGGCACCAGGAAAGACAAAAGAGACGAGCACCUCCGUAAUGUUCAUGGGGCUGACACUCGCUAA